AUGCAAAUUCAAGUGUCAUCAUCGAUUUCUUCCAAUCAAGGUCAAACCAUUCAUUCCACACAAAAUCUCUCUACGACAGCAACGUCCUCUCGGAAAGAUAAUUUAAUGUUUUUGACACAAGCAUUGCAUACGAUACGAGAAUCGGACAUUCAAUUACUGACGGAAAUGGGCAAGAAACAACAACAACAAUCGGUCAUUGGAAAGCAAAACAGAAAAGAAGAGAAUACGAAUGGUGAGGAGGAGGAUGAAAAUUACGAUAAUGAUGAUAUGAAUGAUGAUGGUGAGGAUGAAGAGGAUGAAAAUGACAAAAAUCAACCCACCAAGAAAAUAAAAAAUUAA